GAGGAAGAAAACGCCAACCCCGGCUCGGCCUCGGCGGCGGCGGCCAAGGAGAGCUCCAAGAGCGGCGCUGCGAGCGCCCCCAGGACCCGCAAGAAGCGCUGCCCCUACUCCAAGUUCCAGAUCCGGGAGCUGGAGCGGGAGUUUUUUUUCAACGUUUACAUCAACAAGGAGAAGCGUUUGCAGCUGUCGCGACUGCUGAACCUGAGCGACCGGCAGGUGAAGAUCUGGUUCCAGAACCGCCGCAUGAAGGAGAAGAAGCUGAGCCGGGACCGGCUGCAGUUCUUCUCGGGGAACCCCCUGCUGUGAGCCCCGGGCCGCGCCUCCGACUGCAAGGAUU